GCUCUGGAUUCUUAACGUGGUCAAAUUCUCACCCUAACGUAACUCAAUGUUAAGUUAUCAUAACUUUUUACUUAAUCUAUAAGGUUCAAAGCAGGUUUUUACAGGAAAUCAUGCCUUAACCACUUUAUCUAACAUAAGACAAAUGAAAAAAAAAAUGCAAUCAAAUCUGCAUGGCUACAGAAAACAACCUUCAAGAGAUAAAACAAAAAGGGAGGUGAAAUGAGCAAGAGAUCAGCCAGUUACAGAAAUGAGGAGAGGAAAAAAAGAUGCUGACUGGUGCAAGCGACAGAACAGCGCUUUCUGUGAGCCUAUGAGGAGACGGAGAGCAAGUGCAGCGAGGAAAGAACCUACAAGUGAAGUUCUCAGCGGCAAAGGCCCAGUAGAUCAGGACACACCUCAGCAGCUCAUAUAAAAGAGGAAGACUUUGGGACUUAACUUCAGCAGAUAUGAGCAUAUUAAGAAACUGACUACUGGGAUUGCUCAAGCUUGGGUUGGGAGGUGAACUGAAGGGGAGAAACCGAGGAACAAGGAGUGAGCUGUGAGGGAGGAAGAGUAAAAGAUGGUGGCAUCUUCAGUGUGAGCUGCGAGUUGUGUGUGAUUUGUACAAUCUGCAGUGUGUGUGUGUGUGAACUGGCCGGCAGUUUGGUUGCAGGUUUCUGCUGAGCAGAUUGUGUGGUGUCUUGAUUGACUUGAUUGCUGCUACUGAUACUGUUAUGGACUCCACUGCACUGCUGUCUGUGGUGGGCGGGGCUGUCUUCCUGUCAAUCAUCCUUGUAACCAGUCUCUGUACAUACUGCUGGGGGCAUAAACAACCAACAUCCAUCCAUCAGAGGUCCAGUGACUCAGAAUACAACCCAACACCAGGUUUUGUGUUUCGGCAGCAUCCCGUGUCAACAUAUGAGCACCACACGGAUCAUACCAGAAUUGGACCUUACCAACCCAACUCACUCAGUUCACCAUCUAUUACUGUCACAAAGGUGCCCUCCUGUCCUCCCUCAGAAACUGGAAGUCAAGCCAGUUAUGUGAAUCAAAACGGUGAGGAGGGAAUCAACAUUCAUGUCGCUGGCCAUGAGAGUGACGAUGAGCCGUAUGUUCAGCCUCCAAGUGAAUACAUAGUUGUUCUUCCAGAUUCCCCAAACACGCUAUCUCAGAGACCCAGCAGAGCCUCAUCCCAGAGCUCAGGAGAACGUUACAUAAAUGUGAAAAAUGAUGAGAAUGUGUCUGAAGUUACAUUUGGCUGUGAGAUGUAUGUGGAUGAAUCAGACUCAGACAUUCCCGAUUAUGAAAAUUGCAAAGAUUCUCAAGUCCACAGUAAACAAACCUAUAGUCUGUCCCUUGGAAGUCAAAGCAGUGAUGAACGGGAAAGCUCGGAUUAUGUCAACACAGACCCGAAAUUACAAUAACCAAAGGUACCAUGUAGUUCUUGAACUUUACUGUUUGAUUUUCCUUUUACCAAAUGAUGACCGUUAACAGGGUCAGCCCUAAGAAGCAUCCCAACUG